CAAGAUGACUGUGGAUGAAAGUCAUACGCUCAGGAGAUCCUGGGACGUGUGUAGAGAGGUCCCUGUCAUCAAAAUUGAACAGAAAUCCACAAAACUUGUGAAACUUUUGCAAUGGAUAACCUUGUUUAUUGUUGGCCUUCUUGUAUUUGCUCUUGCCAUAUUUAGUAAGGGAUCCUUUCUGCUCCUGAUAACACUGUCAAGUAACACCACCUACACAGUCCCAGCUGACCAAAAGCCAUGCGCUCUCCUCAGUGUCAGUGUUGCAUUGAUUGGUCCCAGUGUCCUGCUCCUCAUCAAAUGCCUGUGGAAGAUAAUAUUCAAAGACUCCCAGAAACCCAUGAGGAAGACUGUGGUGUGGGUGCUGUCUGUUGAAUUCCUGGUGGCAUUCGGGACAGCUGUUCUCACCAUCGUUGCCAUGCCGUUCUUCGACAUCGUGACAAACGCGAUGAUUCUGAAUAGCGUCUGCAUCCUGUCCUCGAUCUUCCAGGUGGUCGCUCAGUGUCUCGCGAGGCAGACGAGCCGAUUCAUAGUGCCCCCGAUCAUCUCAAUAGUCUUCAUUCUUUCAGGAUACAUGGUCUUCAUCAUCAGUUACCUGCUAUCAAGAGAAGAUAGAGAGAUGAAGAUCAUGAUUGGACUUGCUAUAGUGGGAACCAUCUUUGUCUCACUGAACUGGUGGGAGAACUACAGCACCCUCUUCAGAAACCCCUUCCUAAACAGUAUAUCUGAAGACAUAGCGAGAUCCAGGAAUCUGGUGGGCAUCCUGUCCAGCGUGGUUCGGAUCCUGGUUACUGCUGCCGUGGUGGGGGCGUAUGUCCCUCUGUCUGGUAGAGAUUGGUCAUCGGUGACAUCAGUUCCAGACAACGUGAGGAGGGUGAUCUGGAUCUUGGUGGGGAUCCAGAUAGUGUCCUCUGCUCUGUGCCACUGGUUCGUUGUGGUGGCCUGUAAAAUGCACGCUAUACGGCGGAGUUUCCUUCUACCUGUUUACCUGGCCUCCUUAGGGGUUGUGGCAGCUUUCAUAGCUCCUGUCAUUAUCUUCUACCAGAAUUUGAGUAAAACCAAUGGUGCUAAUUACACAAUGACAGAGUACUGCUAUGACAUCACAAAUGGCAUGGGUCUAAAUCACAAUGCCAGCUUGCCUGAAAGACUGGUCAGUGACAUCACUCACACCCUCUGUCCUGAGGACAUUAAUGACCGAACAGAAAUAGGCUUCUUAGUUGGCUCUUCACUCUGCUGGUGGUUGGGUUGGGUGCUCUGCACUGUCUACAUCUGGGGCCUCCAGCUGCAGCGAAUCGAGAGGACCCAGGACCUGUUUGUGAGAAGGAUGUACGAAGGGGCCUUUCUGGAACAGUCCAUAUUGCUCAACACGCAUUUUAAGAUUCGGAUGAAGAAAAAAGUCCACAGGCCAGAUGACCCAGUCACAGUGUUUCUGUGUGCAACAAUGUGGCAUGAAAGUCAUGAUGAAAUGAUGAAAAUGAUCAUCUCAAUGUUCAGGCUGGACAAAUACAGGCCAAAGAAUAACCCCAACAAUGAUGUUAGCUUUGAGUCCCACAUUUACUUUGACGAUGCUUUUAAAGACUUGAAAGGCAGCAAAGAACGACACAUUAACCAAUAUGCAGAGGACCUGGUGGAGGUUGUCCAACAGGUUUACAGAAUCUUCAGUGAUGACUGUUCAGGCAUAUUCAGAGAGCACCCAUUUCAAACAAGUCAGAGGAUCAUUCGUACCCCUUACGGAGGUCGACUGGAGUAUACCCUCCCUCAUGGAAACCAGCUGAUGGUGCACUUUAAGGACAAACUACUGAUCCGCAACAAGAAGAGAUGGUCUCAGAUUAUGUACUUGUACUACAUUCUUGGCUGGCGACUCAACAGGAAGUAUUUCAAGAAGUUUGUGGAGGGUGACGAUGAGAGUGAAUUGAUGGAAAAGAUUGAGAAAGAGAAGGCCAACACCUACCUCCUGGCGCUGGAUGGGGACACAGACUUCCAGCCUUCUGCUGUAAUGCUCCUGGUAGACCGACUGAAACGCUACCCAGAUGUAGGUGCGGCAUGUGGAAGGAUCCAUCCAACAGGCGCAGGUCCUAUGGUUUGGUACCAGAAGUUUGAGUAUGCUGUGGGCCACUGGCUUCAGAAGACAGCAGAGCAUGUGUUUGGUUGUGUGCUCUGCAGCCCCGGAUGCUUCAGUCUGUUCAGAGGUGCAGCCCUCAUGGACGACAACGUGAUGAAGAGAUACACUACUAAAGCCACAGAGGCUGCCCACUAUAUACAAUACGAUCAAGGUGAAGACCGCUGGCUCUGUACUCUCCUUCUGCAGCAGGGCUGGAGGGUGGAGUACAACGCUGCAUCAGAUGCCUACACCAAUGCCCCUCAGGACUUCAAGGAGUUCUACAACCAGAGACGGCGCUGGGGUCCCUCCACCAUGGCCAACACCAUCGAUCUUUUGGGGUCAGGGUCUCUGACCUCCAAGAGGAACCGUUCCAUCUCCCAACCCUUUAUUCUCUACCAGAUUAUCAGCAUGGCCGCCGCCAUCCUAGGUCCCGCCACCAUCUGCAUAAUGAUCGCAGGUUGCUUGACGUUAAUCCUAAAAAUACAUCCCAACUUAGCUUUGUUCCUUGCCGUGGUUCCUCCUGUCAUAUAUCUGAUUCUAUGCUUCAAGCUGAAGUCAGACACACAGAUCACCAUUGCAGCCCUCUUGAGUGUCUUGUAUGCUUUACUAAUGAUAGCAACUGCUCUUUCCAUCAUAGGAACUAUGGUCAAGGAGCAGACCAUUUGGACCCCCAGCGGCCUGUUUAUCAUCGCUAUGGUUCUGAUGAACCUCAUCACAGCAGGACUCCACCCUAAAGAGUUCCAUCUGGUCAUCUACGGCCUCCUCUACUUCAUCUGUAUCCCCAGUGGCUACCUCCUGCUGACCAUCUACUCCAUGGUCAACAUGAACAAUGUGUCCUGGGGCACCAGGGAGACAGGUGGCCCAGCUGCUCCUAAACCACCAACCCAGACCAUCACACAGCGCAUCCUACAGGCCAAGUGCUGCAAAUGUCCCUGUUGGGACUGUGGUAAACUGGCAGACCAGAAUGGCCAGGUGACAGAAACAGUGAUAAUGGAUGAAAAGUCUCAAGACUACCCUGAUCUGACCAGUCAGGAACAUCACAGGAAUGUGGAAUUUCAUUUAUUUCAGAAAAUUGAACAAAACUGGGUAACACAUCUACAGAAUAAGUUCCAUGACUUCCAUCUGAAUGAAGAAUGUCUUGCGACGGAAGAGGAGGACUUUUGGAGGGAGCUCCAGCAGGUCUAUUUGGAACCACUGGCUGAAUAUAAAGAAAAAGAGAAAAUAAUUGCAAAUGAGCUAAAGGAGCUUAGAAAUAAGGUGACUUUUGUGUAUUUCAUCUGCAAUGCCAUGUGGCUGGUGGCGACGUUCACUCUUCAGCUCAUUGGAAGCUCAGUCACCAUCAAAAUCCCAAAGUAUGAUCUCAAUCUUAACCCAACUGGCCAAUUUCUAUACAUCGACCCAAUAGGACUGAUGUUCCUUAUAGGAUUCACAUCCUUACUGCUGAUCCAGUUUAUUGGCAUGUUCUACCACAGAAUUUAUACUCUAAUCCAUUUUGUGGCAUUUUUGAGUAUGAAGUCCAGCACCAGUACAAUACCAUCAGAUGAUGACAUGCAGAUUCCCGACACCCUGGAAACUGAGCUAAACAACUGCAUGUACCUUGACAAAUCUUUAACGAUACAGAAUCCUGCAAUAAUCCAGAGACACAAAUCAGAAACUCUAGUGUGAAAUCCUAUUACUGAGCAGCUUAACUGAUUCUGUAUUGCAGAAAAUGUGUGGUAUAGUCUAAAUGUUAAAUGUAUGUUCCUUGCAGCCUUAUUAUUUUGCUGCCAUUUUCUUUUCUUACAAAUCAUAUGCUAAACUGGGAUUAUUUUUCAUUUUAAAAGACUACGAUUUGAAAGAACGUUUUGCUAUUUCAUUUACAACCCUGUUUCCAAAAGUUGGGAUGCUGCUUGAAUGCUAAUAAAAAACAGAAUGCAAUUAAA